AUAAGAGUAGUAAAGGAGGUUCAGAAAAGUAGACUAUAAUCCAAAUAAGUAGAUCUGACGUGUGAUACUCCAGCUUCGUGUUUCGUUUUCUUCUUCCCUGUAUUGUUCCUUUCACUCUCUCUGUCGCUCACUGCAUUAAUCAGACUCUUCUCUCCUCAGUCUUCAGUUUCUGCUCACAUCAGACUCAGACCCUCCUUUAAUGCCACUACUCUUCUUUCCUAUCAAUCUCCUUGUUUAUUAUUAUUAUAUAUUUCAUUACUCAACUAUAUACCCCUCUCUCUCUCUCUCUUUAAUUUCUUUCUUCCCCAGUUCCGAGUUUUAAAACUAAAUUGGCUAAAGCUUUGACCAGUUGAUGACUUCAUGGUGUGACAUGAUAUGAUAUGAAUUUCAUGUCAUCAAACACCAUGAAUUCCUUGUUUAAUCUUUGGGUUAUUAUGCUUCUCCAUCUUCUUCUCUCUCCUUGCUCUUCUCUGUCUCGGUCACACUCACACAUUCCACCAAUUUCUUCUUCACGCAAGGAAUUCCAGGUGUUGUUGGUUGAGGUUGAGGAAAAAUCCCGACUGGGUUCGACCCCUCCAAGCUGCCACAACAAGUGCAACACGUGCCACCCCUGCAUGGCAGUUCAAGUCCCAAGCCUACCCAGUCACGAACCGGUUCGACCGGGCGUCACCCGAACCGACCCGGUUGUGGUCUUAGAUUCAGAGUAUGAUCAAGAUCUUAGCUUAGAUUCUCCUUUGGUGACAAUUGGACUACAUAGUCUUUUUUCACUAUGCUGAGUAUUGCUUUAAAAUGUGUGGACAAGUUCUUAACACUAAGGAUUGUGAAUUUGAUGAAGAAAUCUAAGAGAAAAUAGCCUCUGUAUCUUUAAAAUUAAAGAGAAGAAGAAGUGAGCAUUUUAGGGUUUUCUAGCUUAAAAAAUCAUCAUCUGAUAAAGCUCUCUUCUCAUUCUAUUUAUAGGCUUCACUUAUGGUUAGGUUUAAAUGACAUUGGGCUUAAAAUAGAGACUUGUGUUGAAGUCUAACUCUAGGCCCAAAUUGCUUAUUGGGCUUUAGAGUUAGAUUUAUGCCACUUUAUUUCAUUCACAUAAAAAAAUGACUUUUUCAUAUUUU